AUUUAUUUUGUUUCAUUUCAGACAAGGUCACACUCUGUAGCGCUGGCUGGUCUAGAGCUCAUUAUAUGGACCAAUUAUAGCUAGCCUCGAAUUCACAGAAUUCCACCUGUUUCAGCUUCGGGGGUGCUGUGAUUAAAGGCUGUGCCACCUUGCCUGGUGUAGUAUUAUUCUUUAUUAAAUAUACAUAGAUAAAGCCAGCCAUUCUGAACUCAUUAUAUAGACCAGGCUGUCCUCAAAUUCAUACAGAUUCACCUGCUUCUGCCUCCCGAGUGUUUAAAUUAAAGGCUUCUGCCACGACAUCUGGCUUUCUGCUCAAACACUUCCAAAAAGUAAUUAUGUGUGUAGGAAGCACCUUUGCUGAGUACUGUGCUAAGUAACACAUGGGACCGAGUGUGACCUAAUAAUAUUCAUGUAAUGUUCAUAAACACAUGGGUGUCAAUUUUUUUUAUACUUGAUCUUACUAUGUAGCCCCAGCUGUCCUUGAACUCACUAAUCAUUGUAGAUAGCAGGCUGUCCUCAGACUCAAAGAUAAGCAUGUCUGCUCCUUCCCAGUGCUGGAAUUAAAGAUGUGCACCUCUUCACCAGGCAACAUGGGUACCGUUCUUCUCCUUAUGUGCCAAGAGACAAGACUGAGGACAUUGUUUCCUUACCCAAGAGCAUGCAGAAAGAGAUCGCAUUGAGGACUGGGCUUCAGGUGCCAGUUGGGUGUACCUUACUGAGGACUGUGUGGCAUUUAAGGACGUGGCUAUCUACUUCUCAGAGGAAGAAUGGACACUUCUUGAUGACUCUCAGAGGUUCCUGUACUGCAGAGUAAUGAUGGAGAUCUUCGUUAUGGUGACCUCAUUGGGACUUGUACCUUCUGAGAUCUGUGGCAUCACUCACCUGGAGUCUUCAGGAGAUCCCUUCACCCAUGCGCUGAGAUUCCUGACUCCAGGAUAUUGGAACAGAGAGGGCGAGACAUCGCCCAUUGAGCAGAGUACUUCUGCAGAACAAGGGAUUCACACAGCCAUGCUUAAACAGCAGAAGCUGACAUGUGGUGAUGAACCCCUACAAAGAGAACAGAUCAGGAUCCCAGCCAUGAAGACCAACAGAAGUGGCCCGCCAGAGAAGAUUUCACAAAGCACAAACGAUGUGGUGGACUUCCAGGAGUCCUCAAAUCUUCUUGAGUCUCCGAUGACCCCCAGUGCCAGGCAGCCACACAGAAGCUCUGAGAAUGCAGAGUCCAUUCACACCAAGAAAAGAAACUACAAAUGCACUGAGUGUGGCAAAGCCUUUAGUUACAAGUUCCGGCUUAUUCGACACCAGAAAAUACACACUGGAGAGAGGCCUUUUAAAUGCAGUCAGUGUGGGAAAUCCUUCCGCCAAAAUGCCCAUCUUGUUGUACACUUGAGCACUCACACUGGAGAAAAGCGUUUUCAAUGCACUAAGUGUGGAAGAGCUUUCAAUUAUAAAAGCUCUCUCACUCAUCAUCUGAAUGCUCACAAUGGAAAAAUGCCUUAUAAGUGUAGUCAAUGUGGGAAAUUAUAUAGGAACAAAUCCAGCUUAAUAUGUCAUUAUCGAGUUCAUACUGGAGAAAAGCCCUUUGUGUGCAGCAAAUGUGGGGAAUCAUAUAGGAACAGAAUCAGCCUUGUAAGUCAUUAUCGACUUCAUACUGGUGAAAAGCCCUAUCAGUGUGAUAAAUGUGGAAAGUCAUUCAAGGAAAAAUCCAACCUUUUUUAUCAUGGUCGAGUGCAUAAUGGCGAAAGGCCUUUCCAGUGCAGUGAAUGUGGAAAGCGUUUCAUCCAAAAUUGUCACCUUGUGAAACACCAGAGAGUUCAUAACACAUCUUUCGUGUGCAGUGAGUGCGGGAGUGCCUUUACUUCAGGUUACAGCCUCCUUAGACAUGAGCGAGUUCACACGGCAACAAAGCAAUAUAAGUGCAAGGAGUGUGACAAAGUGUAUUGCUAUAGUUCUGGCCUCUAUAAACAUCAGAAGGUUCAUAGUAGAUGAGCGGGAGUCAUGAAUGCGGGAUGUCCUUUAGUCAUCUAACUUAAACACCUGAAAAUUCACUGGAAAAAAAGCUUAAAAGGCUUCAAAUAUGGAGAACCUUCUCCCAGACCAGCAUUUGGUGGACUCCUCAUCAGACGAGCCUCUUGCUGGUAAUUAACUGAGACACCUGCGACUGGACAGAUAGUGAGAGACUUUGGAUCCCUAAGCCCUAAAUAGGGUGUCUUCUUCAAACCCCUCCCCUCAAGGGAUCUCUGUGGAAGAGGAGGCAAAAAGAUUGUAUGAGCCAGAGGGAGUGGAUGGCUCCUAGGAAAGAGAAAGUCUGCUUACAACAGGACUGAUAUAAAACCCACAGAGGCUGUGCCAGCAUGCACAAGACAGGUUUAAACAUAGACGAAAUCUUCGUACUGACAAGGGGAAGUGCCCACAAAAUCCCAUUUCUAAGCGAGAAGCAAGUGAUACCUGCUGAGAAAAGGAAAAUCAAGUUUUCUCCACUGGACAGUUGUUAGGUAUGUCAACCACACUCUUGGGCAAACUCUAUGCCCAGAAGUAGAUGGCCAACAGAAAAUGGACUUGUGUGUGUGUGUGUGUGUGUGUGUGUGUGUGUGUGUGUGUGUGUGUGUGUGUGUUUUGG